URACAUGGACAACGGGUUGAACCAAGACCGAUUUUACUAUAUWUACAGUUCUGAUCUAGACGCAAACCUCGAAAUAAAAAUUUGUACAUUAGAAGGUAAACGAGAAUGUAAAGGAUACAAAGAACUGCUUGAUGAUCCACAAUUAAGAUAUUCUGGGUUAUAUCAAAGUUCCUGUUCAGAUUUAUAUGUGACAUGCAGAAUAUAUGCGGAUGGACAACCAUUGUCACUACCAACAAGCACCUCUUACAGACCUUUUAGCACAAGAUGGAACUGGAACGAAUGGAUAAAACUGCCAAUCAAAUAUCCUGACUUACCACGCAAUGCACAGCUUGCAUUUACUAUCUGGGACAUCUAUGGCCCAAGGAAAGCUGUGCCAGUUGGUGGGACAACUGUGUCUCUAUUUGGAAAAUAUGGUACCCUGCGGCACGGAAUGCAUGAUCUGAGGGUUUGGCCAGGAGUUGAAUCUGAUGGUCACUUACCAACAACAACACCAGGAAAAACAUUAUCAAAUGAAGAUCAGAUGAAUCGACUUGCAAAGCUAAGUAAGAAGCACCACAAAGGUCAAAUGCAGAAAGUGGACUGGUUGGAUCGUCUUACCUUUAGAGAAAUUGAAAUGAUUAAUGAGAAAGAGAAACGAAACUCCAAUUUUAUGUAUUUGAUGAUAAAAUUCCCGAGAAUUCAUUUUGAUGGAACAGACUUUAACGUCGUAUAUUUUGAAAAGGAUGCCGACGAUGUGGACUAUGUUUGUACUCAGCCUGAGAUCGUCAAGUUAUCUGAUCCAGAAACGUUACUAGAGAAUUUAGUCGAAAUCAAGCAUCAUAAGUUAGUGAGAAGCAUACGCAGUGGAACUGUCUCAAGGGAUCUGAAACCCAACGCUAAAAUAAGGGACCAGCUUACGGUAGGAAUGUAGCCAUUUCCUUAUUCCUUGCUUCAUUUUCUACCUCCAAACCUUCUUUCUCCCUCCCUCUCAUUCAUCCA